AGGUCUGCACGCCGCAGCCGGACGCUUCUCGAUUUUCCGGAUACAUGGUGCAUGGUAGGCGUUCCCCAUAGCACGCCCAUAACGCUGAUGUAAACACAAAAUACGCCUCGUUGAACAAGUCACAGUGGACUGAAUUGACGAGAUUACUCAAAGUAUCCCUCCCUGGUAGGAAAACCUUCCGUGUUCGUCGUGUGUAAUAUGUGUUAAAGCGCAGACAGGCGACGCCAUGGACUUCUACAUCAAUCUGAAGGUGAAUUUCAGAGGAAAUUCCAAGAAUGUCCUCGUGUCGGGAUCCGAGACUAAGAGCUGGGAGUCGAUGGAGGCCAUGGUGAAGCGUUCCUUUGGCCUGUGCAGUCUUCAGCUGACCUAUUUUGAUGAGGAAAAUGAGGAGGUCUCAAUUAACAGUCAAGUGGAGUAUGAGGAGGCAAUAAAGAGUGCUUUGAGGCAGGGUAAUCGACUGCACAUGAAUGUGUACGAGACUCGAGGCCAGCUGUCAAGGGUCCCCACCACCAAGGCCAGUGGAGCAGAGCCCAAGAGGGGCUUUAGACCUCCGCAGCACUGCCCUGCCCUGGCCCAGGUGGUCAGCCGCAAGGUGCAGGCAGCAGUGCCAGAACAAGGCAUGGUGAUCAUGAAAGAAGUGAAAGGCACCAAAGAAGAAGACAAGACUCCUCCAGCUUGGUUCACCUCCUACAUGGAGAAGUUUAAGGACCAGGUAGUUCGCGAGGCAGUGGAGAAGAUCUGCAGGGAAUUCUCUGGACAGUGCUGCAUCCACAAGCCCAUAGGAGGAGGGGGAGGAGGAGUAGGGGGAGGUAGAGGGGAAACAGUAGGGGGAGCGGAAGCCCAGCAGGUCCCUGAGGUGUCCUCCACCCUGCCUGGAGCUCCAUCCUCCUCCACUCCUCCCUGCUCCUCCUGCAGGGGGCAAACCACCGGAGGAGGUUACCAGUGCAGUGUGUGCACCUCCUGUACCUUGUGUGAGCCCUGCAGUUUCUCUCAUGACCCCAGUCACAACCUGGUGAGAGCCCGGACUCCUCUGUCCAUCCCCGAACAUGGAUCGCCUGCCCCUGACCACAGCAAGUUCUAUCGGCGAGGUGACCGCAGUUUCCGGAAGGCAGAGAAGCAGCGUCUCAAAGCAGAGAAACGCCUGCUGAAGGCAGAGGUCAAAGAGAUCCGUAAACAGCUGAGGAUGGAGCGGCGGGGAAUACAGUGGAGCUCCUCCCACAGAGAUGGAAGCUCCUCCCCUGUCCUUCUGCAGCCUCGAGCCACGCAGCACAACAGCCCAGAGCGUCCAAAACGUCCCUGCCCUCUAGUGGUUCCAGCCAUGACGGCUGCGUUUCUAGAUGAGAACCUUCCUGAUGGGACUCGACUGCGUCCUGGGACCAAGUUUAUUAAGUACUGGAAGAUGAGGAACACUGGAACUAUCACUUGGAGCGCUGAUACUAAGCUGAAGUUCAUGUGGGGGAACCUGGCGGUGGGAUCUGGGGAUCGUUGGAGAGAAGUGUCUGUUCCCUUCCUCCAGCCAGGACAGGUUGGUGUCGUGAGUGUUGCACUGUGCGCUCCUGCCAUGGAGGGCUCCUACACCUCCCACUGGCGUCUGGCUCACGCUGGGGAGCAGUUUGGUCCGAGGGUAUGGUGCAGCAUUGUGGUUGACCCUCUGGCCCCAGCGCCCAUGAUGGCUGAUGGGAUACUGGUGUCACCCUGUGUCACACCACAGGGUAAGAACCCAGUAACAAAGGAUGGAAAAGCCUGUUCAGGUUCUAGGGAACAACCUUUAAUGUCGGUGGACCAGGAAGAGUACUACAUCCCCUCUGUGGACCUGCUCACUGCACAGGAUCUUCUAUCUUUUGAGCUGUUGGACAUCAACAUUGUCCAAGAGCUGGAGAGUGUCCCAAACAACACCCCUGCUGACAUGACUCCCUGCAUGUCCCCUCUGCCCCAAGAUGGCCACCUGCAGGACAAGAGCAGCCCCUCUUUGGGUUUGAUCCAAGAAGAGACAGAAGUCAUCAACAGCAUCAUGGAUGUGCCUCAUGGGACAGGAUCUGGAGCUGAAGCGGGCAGAGUUCCAGCUCAGGAGGAAGGGGAGGAUGACAUCAGUGGGACUCAGUUUGUUUGUGAGACUGUGAUUCGCUCAAUGACCUUGGAGGAGGCCCCUGACCAUGCCCCUCUGAGAGGGUCAGGUAAAGUGGUGCGUCCAGCUGCUCAGGGCAGCUCCUCCUCCUCCUGUGUGAAGACUAAAGCAGCUAAAGCAGAGGAGAGCCCAAAAAGCAGCUCCAGCAGCACCUUGAAACCACCAGCUGCACUGAAGGCUUCCCUCUGUUCCCCGUUGAAAGCCUCCCUGCCUGCUCCCCUGUCUGUGGCCCCAAACCCGGGGCCGGACCCCAGCUCAGCACCCGCCCUGCUCCACGCUUCAACUAGGGCCUCCACACUGCAGGAGCACACAGCUGAAGUUGAGGAGUCCAACAUGGAAAGCAUCUGUGAGGAGUCCAGGAUGAAGGAGAGACAGAAAGAGCCAGAGGAGCAGAAGGAGAAAGAAGGAGAGGAGAAGAGAGAAAGGACGAGAAGUCGCUCCUCCUCCACCUCUUCAGAGGAUUACAUCAUCAUCCUCCCAGAUUGCUUUGACACCAGCCGGCCACUGGGGGAGUCCAUGUACAGCUCUGCCCUGUCUCAGCCUGGUGACAUCUUGGCCCAGACCCCCAUAGACCCAGAUACUCCAUCUUCUGACCACACAGCAGAAGGGGAGCUGGGUGACACAGAUGAAGUUGCAGCAGCUGCAGGGACGGACUUGUCGAGCACCAGCAGUGCCAAUGACAUGCUCUGUACAUCUCAGACUCUAGACGAUGAGCCACUGACUCCUGAAAUGGUGGCGCCACCUAAAGAGAAACUCAGAGGAGUAGAGUGUUCAGAGAGCAGUGGAGAGACAGAUGAUGACACGGCCGCUGCUGGGGAAGGAGCAGAUGGCCCGGAAUUGUACCAAACUGAGGAUGCCUCUAGUCCUGAACAGACUCAGACAGAUGAUACUGAGGACACAGAGGACAAUCCUGAAGACCCCAGGCACCCAGGCAUCACCAGCGGCCUGGUGAAGGGAGCUCUGUCAGUAGCUGCCUCUGCUUAUAAAGCCCUGUUCACAGGACAAGGUCCCACCCAGCCUCCAGUGGAUGCAUCCACCCAGGACACCAUGAUGGCCGUACUGGUGGAGAUGGGCUUUGGGAACCGGCAGCUGAACCAGCGGCUGUUGAAGAAACACAACUACAACCUGCUGGACGUGGUCAAUGAGCUUGUUCAAAUGACCGACAAUGACUGGUACUCCACACGCUACUGACAGGAGGGGAAAACAAGUGGAGGAACAAGAAAACAGGAAGACAGAGAAGGAAAUGAGAAAUGAUGGAUUGAGAAACACAGGGUAAAGAUUGUGAGACACAUUCAAUUCUGCUUAACUACCUUUUCACCUUCCUCCUUCUGACGGGAUGGAGAGCAAACUUCUCUAUGACAGUAUACGACGACAUUCCAGCAAACUCUCUGGGUUCCUGAGCUAUAAACCAUCAAACACCCACAGGCUGUUGUAUCACUUUCAGCAUAAGCCUUGAUACUGUAGUAGUGGUACAGUGGUUUCUUUGCAUACCAAUCUAAGAGAGAUGAAAAAGAGACAUGUUCCUAUAGGAGCUAUGUGUAGCAUUUGUAAAGGGUAAGACUGGCUAACUCAUGAGCACCUGUUGAUGCCGUUCAGUUGUUGUUUUAGGCAAGGACAAGAAUAAAAGCUGAUAAACGUGGUUAAUGAUAAUAAAUGUAACUUCAUGAAGCUGUCUAACAUGAAGUUGAUUUAGCUGCAAAAAUGAAACAGUUUUACUUUGGUAUAUUUAUGCAAGUAUUCAUUAGUGUUAGCAUUGAAAUGCUACACAUAGCACCUUUCUGUAUUUUUUUUUUCCUUUUACAGUGAUGAAGUAUAGAGCAGAAAGAUAAUAUCGAGUUUUGUCAUCUGCCUGGUCAACAACAACAAUGGGAGAUCCACAUCACAACACACUUAAUGACUUAGCUAGUUCAAUCAGAGAAUGUGUACACAUGCUAGUCAGUAACAGACUAAGCAUCCAUAUUCAGUUUAUUAUAUACGUUUUCCAUACACCAAAGGUAAAGUACUGAUAUACUUGCUUUUUACUUUUUUGCUUUGCACAUUCAAGUGUGCUUGAUGGUUCUACCGGGUUUGAUCUUCCCUAGUGUUGUGCUGCCCUAACAUGACAGGCCUUAACAAAGACCUCAUAGAGGCUCAGUCCAGUCCAGACAGUGGCACACAUCUCCUCAUGAAAAAUGUGAUGAUAGAUGCUUGACACUAGCAGUUCUCAUGGUUCCAUCUUCUGCAUUCAUGUGUUUUAUUGUUUCAAGUAGAUAUGAAGUCCCCAAGAGACAGAAUAUGUCCAGUGCUUUGCAUGAGCCAGGCAAUCCAACAGGUAGCAAUAGCUCAAAUACAACUAAAACUUGAGUAAGGUCUGUUCUUAAAGAUGUAGGCAGGUUCAGUCUCAGUUUUGGCCUUUACAGAACUCUAAUCUGCUCCUAAAAGGUAAACCUUUAAUCAUUCAAAUUUGGGUUUGUUGAAAUGAUAGUAUACACUAUCAGAAGAUGACAUACAUUUCCCAGCAGUCAGAUCACAUUAGGUACUCAGGUGAGUGUAUGAUUAAUGCCACUUACACUGGAGCUGCUUGUCUAUACAUUCAUGUUGGUGAAAAGUAAGUAGCUUUGUAUAAAGUGUCUCUGUGAUCACAGGUUCAUAUGUUAUAGACUUUGACCGCAUUUUUAGUAGUAAUAUUUUUGUUUCAUGACUUUAGUCAGUAUCACUGGAGCAUACAGGUGUAUAGCGAUCUCAAACAGCUCUUACUGUGCUAUGUGCAUAACCUGCUGCAGAUGAGUAGAUGACCACUGAAAGAAGAAAAACAUUCCCCUAUUGACUUUGUUUUUAGAGAUCGUAUUUGCACUUACAAGCUUACAGCACACUGGGACCAUUCAUUCAGUAUAAAAUGUAACUUUUUUUAUUUUUUUUUUUUACUGUUGACUUUUCCCUCUUUCACACAUUGUUUUCACAUUUAAGCAGCGUCGUGAUUGUUGUUCUGAACAUUCUGUGGCUCUCACAAUAAGGAAUUUCUGAGUUCCAUCAGCCUCCUUGGCACACUGAAGGUCUCGGUAUGCUUCAAAUGUACCUUUCAUUCACGCCAUUCAUAUCUGACGCAUGUCUGAAGGCAGUGUUUCCUGCUGUGAACGGCCCCACUUGAUGGUGAGGUCCUCCAAACACUGUUGGACAGUCACUUCUUUAAAGCUUUGUAGUGUCACACUGUUCAUACAAAAAGUUAUGGAAGUAGUUGUGUGAAGAAUGGAAACAGAAAACAUAGAAGAAUGUUUAAACCCCACCUCCUCUUACACCUCUGCACACCUAGCUAAUUGUACUGUUAAGUGGGCAUAAUUAUUGAAGUUUUGAAAAAUGGGUCAGACACAGCCCUCGCCAAUUCUGUUAUAGCAAAAAGGGGGAUUUAGACAGAGGAUGCUUUUUCUUUGUGUGGUUCAUUUGAAACAGACUUUUGUGUAUUUACCUGUUUAUUUUUUUCAUUGGCAGGUGUAGAAAAUGUCAACCAAUACACAUCCUACUCCAUGUGUUUUAGUAAUAUCUUAUUAAAAAGUAGGUGAAAUGUAGCAACUGUAUCAUGACCAUAAGAGGUUCCUCCAUUACAUCCUAUAUCUACCCGUUUGAUGUUUACCACUGGGUCCACUGCUGUUGAUGUAAGUAACAUCACCGGAACUAGUCCAGUAAGUGAAUGCAUUACUUGUCAGACCAUAUGACUUGAUGGUGACGGCUCUUGAGUUGCCUGAACUCAAACUGGUCCAGAAUAAAAAGAUUUUCUUUUCUAGACCAAAAGAACUAAAGUACAGAUGUGAAAGAAAAUGAUCCAAUAAUUGUUUUGGUUGAAGCGUGUGGACUCAAGUUAAACAUGUCAAGUUUAAUAUCACACUUAUCACAGAUUAAUGCAAGUCAGCAAUCUGGGACAAAAGGCUGCUUAAAGCUGCAGUUGAAUUAGAUGGAGUAUGUUUAAUAACUUCAGUCUUGUUGAGUUGAAUCAGCAAAGCCUGUGGGUUCCUGUGUUUUUGCAUUCUUGUCAUAUGUUUUGUGCUGGGUCAGGUGUGGUUGUAUACUACUUUUGGCAGAGCAAAUUAAGGGUAUGUACAAUCAAUCCAAACUUGAACUGGAAUCAAACUGUGUAUCAAUGUGAAAUGUGUAUUAUUUUCCUUAUGAUGAUGAUGUGUGAAUAUGUAUACACAACAUCUUAGUUGGAAGCAAUGACUAUCAGUUCAUCAGUACAUUAGUUAAGAAUUGAGAUUCUUUUUUUUUCUGUGAAUGCUUAAAGGCUGUUUGGACUGUAAAAAGUUAGAGCUCUGGAUGUUGUUUUUUUAGGCUUACUAUGUGGUGGUUGAGUUUGCUCUGCUGUCUGUGUGUGUUAGUGUUAUCCUCUGUAAGAAAUGUUUCCAGAUUGAUUGAAGAUUGUUUUAUUUGCUUGCACAUAAGACUUGAAGGAUUUGAAUUGAAAAAGUUGUUUAAUUAAACAGCACUUAUUGUAGGAUUAUGAAAAAUUGUGUGAAUACCUGACACUAUUAUCAGUGGUCAAACAAAUGAACACAGAGAUCAUAACGCUUCCUUUUUUUUGGCCAUGUUGCAAAUUCAAAUAUAAAUUACUCUUUUUAGAAAACCAUAGACACAAACUCUUCAAUA